GGUUUGCAUUCUUUUUUAAAGAACUUCAUUAAUUUUAUGCAACUUUUAUUCUAAAUCAGAUGCUUUUUUUCAUAUUUGUAUUUAAGUUUAAUCGGGCUACUGGAAUCUGAAUGAAGUACUCUGGAGGCUAUGGCAUCUUGGCUGAUUGCAUUGUUUACAUUUGGAACAUUUGUGUUUGGACAAACACCAAAACCUAUUAUAGACCGGUGUCCUGACUUUGUGGAUCCAUUCUACUUGACGUUCUGUGGCACGCCCGACAACCCUGACAAGUGUAUUCUAGCCAGCUGGGUGUGUGACGGGGAACCGGACUGUCCUGAUGGGAAGGACGAGACACCGGCCACGUGUAACAAUGCUGACCCAUGUGACACACAGCCAUGCCUGAACAAUGGGACGUGUUACGGCAUACCGGCCAAAGCCAAUGUUACUGUGGCUUACACGAUCUGCAUGUGUAUGCCUGGUUUUACUGGCUUGAAGUGUGAGAACACCAUACCAGAGUCUAUCACUGUGUUGUCUACACUUCAUCCUCUCAUCACCACACCAUCUCUUGUGGUUGACCCGUCCGUCUGUGAACCGAGCCCGUGUAUGUAUGGUGUGUGUACUCCUCUGAGAGCAGGACAAUUCUACUGCAACUGUGUUCCAGGUUACGGUGGCAAACGAUGCGAAGCCCCGUUGAAUCCCUGCAUCUCUUUACCUUGUUUAAAUAGUGGAAUGUGUCAGGUGUACCAAGAAUCCUUCAUCUGCCAUUGUUCAGCUGGCUACAGUGGAAGACAGUGCCAACUAAACAUCGAUGAAUGCGCCAACAGUCCAUGUCUUAACAAUGGUACAUGUGUUGACAGUGUCAACAGAUUUAUCUGCCAGUGCCAAGAAGGAUUUACAGGAAAGCAGUGUGAAACCAACGUGGAUGACUGUAGCCCCAAUCGCUGUUUGUCUGGCGGUACUUGUCAAGAUGGUGUCAACUCAUACACCUGUCACUGCCCAGAGGGUCGAGCUGGGCGCCUGUGUGAGCGAGAACAAUUCUGUAGACAGGUAGAUCCGUGUCUGAACCACGGAGUGUGUUUUCCAUCCACUACUCAAAGUGCUGCGCCACACUGCAGUUGUCUCCCUGGAUUUACAGGACCACUGUGUGAGGUUAAUGUGGAUGACUGUCAAGGAAACCCAUGUGUUCAUGGUACGUGUUCUGAUGGAGUGAACCGUUUCCAGUGUACCUGUGACCGGGGAUACCAGGGAACGAGGUGUGAGGAAGAGCACGACCUGUGUGUUAAAAACCCGUGUCAAAACAACGCCUACUGCUGCAGCCAUGCCAGACAGUGGUGUUCACGCAACCUCCUGCCAGGCUACUACGAGUGUUACUGUUCCGACGGAUUCACAGGGACAAAUUGUGAGCGGGAAAUAAACCCAUGUGCAAAUGGUCCAUGCAAAAAUAAUGCAAUGUGCACAGUGAUUAAUGGCAACUAUCAGUGUACUUGCCCACUAGUGUACAGUGGAAAGACCUGUGAGGUUCCGCAGCCGUGCAACAGUAAUCCGUGUUUCAACAGCGGUCUUUGCCAGCCAUCUGGAACGUCCUACUCCUGCAACUGUACAAAAGGUCAUACUGGAGAGUUCUGUCAGAUAACCCAGGCGUGCACGACAGACUCCUGUCUCAACAAUGGCACAUGUCAGUCGGAGAAAUCCGAAUCGUUCUGCAUAUGUUCAUCAGGUUUUACUGGGUCUUCUUGCGAAACAAAACUCUCCUGUGCCACCCAGGUCUGUCAGAAUGGUGGAACCUGUGAAGACGUGUCUUCCACUGAAUUCCGAUGUCUUUGCCCACCACAGUUCACUGGCCAGCUUUGUGAGAGAUUCAUUCCAUGCGCCAGUAUGCCAUGCAGAAAUGGAGGGACAUGCGCGAAUCAAGGUCAAAACUACAGAUGUACCUGUGCUGCAAAUUUUACAGGUGCUUCGUGCGAAACUACAAUCUACUGUAACAGCUCACCUUGCUUGAAUUUCGGGAAAUGUUUAGAAAGUGAAAACGGCUUCAAGUGUAGUUGUCUUCCACAGUGGACUGGGGCACGUUGUGAGACCUAUCUUCCGUGCAUUAACCAUCCAUGUAAGUUUGGUGCAGCCUGCAUAAACAUUGACAGUAACAACUACCGGUGUAUCUGUCCAUCCUCCAGGACUGGUAAAAACUGUGAGACUUACUUAGCAUGCUCCAGCAGUCCUUGUCUCAAUGCAGCUCCGUGCGAAAAUACGGGCAACACCUACAGAUGUAUAUGUCAACCAAGGUACACUGGAAAGAAUUGUGAGAGUUACGUCCCUUGUUCCGAAUCCCCUUGCAUGAACGGAGGAACUUGCACCGAUCUACAAACGUCAUACAGCUGUGCAUGCACAGAUGUGUUUUCGGGCCCUAGGUGUGAGAUCUAUUACCCAUGUGGCAGCAGUCCCUGUAGAAAUGAAGCCGUCUGUGUGAACACUCCACAAUCAUAUUCGUGUCGGUGUCGGUCCCAUUUCACAGGCCGGAACUGUGAGACGAAAAUCAGUGCAUGUUUACCAAAUCCUUGCCUCAACAAAGGAAACUGCUCUGAGUUCGGUUUGACAUACACGUGCUCCUGCCCAGCAACCCACACGGGGCCGACAUGUGAGAGAUACAUACCUUGUAGUAGCCAGCCGUGCAUGAAUGCUGGCAGAUGUGUCAACAUCGACAGCUCUUAUCGGUGUGAAUGUCCAGAAAACUUCAGUGGUGUUAAUUGUGAAAUUCAGCUUCCAUGCGCUAGCCGGCCGUGUGUUCAUGGGAUGUGUGAGAAUAACAAUAACAGUUAUGUCUGUCACUGUGCAGCGUCGUACACUGGCAAAAACUGUGAUUCUCAGAUCCGGACAUGUGACUCGAAUAACUGUAUCCACGGAAGAUGUCAGUUGAACAAUAGUGUGCUCACAUGUGUAUGUGAUGAAGGGUUUACUGGGCCUGAUUGUGCAACUGAAGAGUUAUGUCGACGGAUAACCUGUCAAAAUGGAGGAACGUGCAUUAACCGUGGCACGUCAUUUGUCUGUCAGUGUCCACCAGGCUAUGGUGGUGUCAUUUGUGAAACUCAGCAGUCACCGUGUGCAUCCAAUCCUUGUCAAAACAACGCCACCUGUCUCAGCAACAAGGAAAACAACAUGUUUCACUGUUUCUGUCAGCCAGGAUUUACUGGCACUCUUUGUGAUAAGGUUCUUAAUCCGUGUGAUCUUCUCCCGUGUAAGAAUAAUGCCACGUGUCUCAAUGUUGGAAACUCCUAUGUGUGUCAGUGUCUUCCCACCUACACAGGUAACACAUGCGAGAGACUGCUGGAUCCCUGUUUGUCUAAGCCAUGUCGUAACUAUGGUGACUGCACCUCAUCAGAUGGACUGUCAGUUUCAUGCACCUGUCGUCCACCAUACACAGGUUCAUUCUGUGAGACUGUGGUGACCAGCUGUAAUCCGUCUCCGUGUGAAAACUCUGGUAACUGUUCUGUUGAUGAGUUUGGAGUCUUCUGUGACUGCACUGCUGAGGAUCAGGGCUUAUUCUGUCAGCUUUCAGAGAAUGGGUGUACAGAAGACUUCUGUUCAAACAGAGGAGAAUGCUGGAACACUCAGUCAGGUCCAGUCUGUGAAUGUCCUAAUGGCUAUGUGGGUCAGCGUUGUGAAACGAAAGUCAUGGGCUGUAGUUCUAAUCCGUGUAAUGAAGGAUUCUGCUUUGAAGACAGUCAGGGGCAGGUUGUGUGUUCCUGUAUGCCUGGUGUCACCGGUAGAAGCUGUGAUGUGCUAGUUACAAAUGUGAGUGUAUGUGAUGUUUGUGUGUUUGAGGACAGUCAGGGGCAGGUUGUGUGUUCCUGUAUGCCUGGUGUCACCGGUAGAAGCUGUGAUGUGCUAGUUACAAAUGUGAGUGUAUGUGAUGUUUGUGUGUUUGAGGACAGUCAGGGGCAGGUUGUGUGUUCCUGUAUGCCUGGUGUCACCGGUAGAAGCUGUGAUGUGCUAGUUACAAAUGUGAGUGUAUGUGAUGUUUGUGUGUUUGAGGACAGUCAGGGGCAGGUUGUGUGUUCCUGUAUGCCUGGUGUCACCGGUAGAAGCUGUGAUGUGCUAGUUACAAAUGUGAGUGUAUGUGAUGUUUGUGUGUUUGAGGACAGUCAGGGGCAGGUUGUGUGUUCCUGUAUGCCUGGUGUCACCGGUAGAAGCUGUGAUGUGCUAGUUACAAAUGUGAGUGUAUGUGAUGUUUGUGUGUUUGAGGACAGUCAGGGGCAGGUUGUGUGUUCCUGUAUGCCUGGUGUCACCAGUAGAAGCUGUGAUGUGCUAGUUACAAAUGUGAGUGUAUGUGAUGUUUGUGUGUUUGAGGACAGUCAGGGGCAGGUUGUGUGUUCCUGUAUGCCUGGUGUCACCGGUAGAAGCUGUGAUGUGCUAGUUACAAAUGUGAGUGUAUGUGAUGUUUGUGUGUUUGAGGACAGUCAGGGGCAGGUUGUGUGUUCCUGUAUGCCUGGUGUCACCGGUAGAAGCUGUGAUGUGCUAGUUACAAAUGUGAGUGUAUGUGAUGUUUGUGUGUUUGAGGACAGUCAGGGGCAGGUUGUGUGUUCCUGUAUGCCUGGUGUCACCGGUAGAAGCUGUGAUGUGCUAGUUACAAAUGUGAGUGUAUGUGAUGUUUGUGUGUUUGAGGACAGUCAGGGGCAGGUUGUGUGUUCCUGUAUGCCUGGUGUCACCGGUAGAAGCUGUGAUGUGCUAGUUACAAAUGGAUGAAAUUAACUUACAUCCGAUAAAGUGACGUAAAGACCAAGCUUUAAUCCUGCAGGUGUAAGUGUUUUGAGAAAAGCACUUGUUACACCUAGGAUGGAAAAGCAAUGUGGAACUAGGUCUUAACCAAAGUGUGUUCAGCCCACAGUAUUUAAUUAGAGGUGUUUGUUGUAGGAUGGAAAAUGUCUCUCCCCCCUUCAAAUUACAUUCUGCUAUAUGUAAAAUGAAACAUAUUUUAGCUGAAAACAAACUAGAAAACUUGCCAAGAAGUCACAAUAUUAUUUUUUAAACAUCAACAUAGAUGUAUUGGGAUUAAAGGGGGCUCUGCUUGUCACUAUGCAGACCUCGAUGUGAAAAACACUGAGGGGAAUAAUUAAUUGGUCCCCUAAAUUAGACUAUGGGGAGCCAUUUAAGAUACAUUGUAUUAUCAGUAUUGAUUCCAACUAAAUUUACAUGCUUAGGUGAGCUAAAAAUUACUCUCCUUGAACCAGUCUCAGAGGAGCGAUGGUGAGUGAGAGUGAUAGCUCCCCUUAAACGACGAGGUCUGUUACUAGGAUCUCACUGUGUAAUUUUUUGUAAUGAGAAUAUAGAACACUUAUAGUAUUUAAUAUUUACACAACACAAACAUCAUCUCAACCUUUGUUAUUUCACAAGACCAAGAAAUCUUGAGGUCAAGACAGUGGCCCAUUUUGGCUACUAUGUUUAUUAGUGUGCUUAUUAGUAGACGGCAGGUGGUGAUUUUAGACGACUAUUGCAGUUACUAUCCUUGCUUAUGAAUACUCAACGAGCUACAAGGCAAUACCGUUUAUCUUGCACAAGUGAAUAGAUUUUACCAAAGACCGAGUAGCGAGUUGGGUAUUCUAUGUAUUACCCAUUUUCAAUAUUUAUCAUUUUAUGGAAGAUUUUCAAACGAAAAUAAGUUUGCCAGUUGAGAACAACAGGCAGUGUUGUGUCAUAGCUGUGACGUAUGUAUCGCUGAUGACGUAAAUGAGUUGUUGGUUGACAUUACUUCCACCAUGGAAACUAUUCUUACACACAAUUAACCGCCAAUAGUGAAGUACUUUUAUGACGUCAAAAUGUAUCUAGGGAAAUGGGGUUUUUUCUUUCCCCACUUCUCUCUGCCCAUGUGGGUAAUAAUUACAGUUAUAAACCUUUCUGCAUUCAGAAAAUAUAGCUGCCUACUUUUCACUUUCUCAAACAGCUUCCUAUCUUCAAAGAUAAUCAUCCAGUUUAUCUUACCAUCCUUAUCCCAAGCUACAUUUAUUUGUUUGAGAUCCUUCAACAUUGAAAUAACAAAUUUGACUGUAUGUUACGUUUUCAAUAUAUAUUCAUAUCAUAUAGACACAACAUAAGAACACAUGGUAAGCACAAUAUCAUUCAUCCAAGUCACUUAAAAUACCAUGGUUCAUAAUAUUGUGAUGCACUAUUUACCAAAAGUAAUGCACAUUGAAGAAUUAUAAUGAAAAAUAUAUAUAAAUUUAAUCUUUAUAGGUGAACUAAAACUAAUAGAAAUCUUAAGUAGAAUAAGGCAGAAGCUUUGGUGUUCAGUUCCCAGGAUAGCGACUCUGACAUAAUAUCCAAUAGCUUUUUAUACAUCUGCUCUUCAUAGAUAGCAUUGCUGCAAUAAACUUUAUGACCAUAUAAGAUAAAAUUUCUGACCUUUUGAAAGUUGUUUUAGCAUUUUUGUAGCAAACUGCAUGUUUACGUCACCAGAAUUUCUAUAUUGUCUUUCACCAUUUCUGGAAAAUUACAAGUUCUGGAACAUCAAAUCAGACAAUGUGUCUCUUGGGCUGGAGAUUGUUAGUGGGUGAAUCAGAAACUCCAGUUGAAGAAUUGAGUGAUUCAGAUGGGAUGAAUAUCUUAGCAUCAUCUUCUGGCAAUCAUUACAAUAUAGAUUACAUGAAAACCAUUAUAGCAGACAGUCCCAUUUCAAUGUGGAAUUGUUAUCAUUUCCAUCUAAUUUUUUUUGGUCAAAUUACGAUUUACUAGCAUGAUCUAGAACAUGUUCCCUAUAAGUAUUGUUUGUUGUUUGGUAGGUAUUAAAGUGCUUAUAUGCCAAGGGAUCAAACAUGCCUAUUGUGGGCACUAAAUAAUAUACACUAAAUUAAAAUUUGGGCACAAAUUUAGAUGGAUUCAUCAAAAAUAAAAUGCAAGCUAAUAAUUUUUAUACAUUUUGUCUGACUGCUUCAAGUCACUUCUCAAACUUUUUGUUGAAAACAUGUUUGUCGUUGUUUUGUAGUGGCUAUGGUAACUGACCAUUGCAGCUAACUGCUUCUGCUAUUUCAUUUAAUGCUACGAUUGUGAUAACACCUUCCAAACAACUUGUUGUUGCUAUGUUAUCACCUGUAAUCUCUUUGAGAAGCUCUUGCUUUCACUAUUUGAUAUCUGGUACCCAGCACACUUGCAUUAUUUAUACCAGGUGUUAGCAGUGUUGUGUCUGUCAGAAUGGAGCAUACAUGGAGCUUCAGCAAACGUAGUACAUGUCAGACACAAUUAUUGCAAUAGAGUUGUGCAUAGUUUCUUUAGUAGUCCUUGGUAAUUCCUCAUGGGUUUCUCUCACAUCACUGAAAUGUGCUUUGUUAUGUGGUCCCCAUUCAUAUUACUAUGGCAAGUCACAUUUGCCAUAGAUAUAAAAAGGAAGGAAAUGUUUUAUUUAACGAUGCACUCAACACAUUUUAUUUACGGUUGUAUGGCAUCAGACAUACAAUGUAUGGUUAAGGACCACACAUAUUGAGAGAGGAAACCUGCUGUUGCCACUUCAAGGGUCUAUAGAUGUAAAUGUUAUAAACAAAUGAUUUUAAUUCUCCAUUAAUAUUAUACUGGUAAGUCAGAUAAAUUUUCCAAAGAUAAUUAUAAAAUUAUUUUAUUUUAUUUCUUUUACAUUUUUACAUUUUUAUUUUGUUUUAAUAAGGUCUUUUUUAUAUUUCAUUUACAGAUUCCCACCACCCCCAUUAAAAUACUGGGUAGGUGGUAUUAAAAAACCAAAAAAACCCCAAACAACUACCGGCCUCGAUUGCGUCGUGGUAAAGCCAUCGGACACAAGGCUCGUAGGUACAGAGUUCGCAGCCCAGUACCGAUUCCCACCCAGAGCGAGUUUGAACGACUUACUGAGUAGAUGUAAGGCCACUACACCCUCUUCUCUCUCAC